UGUGGGGUAAGCCUAGAACUGGAGCCGAAUUUGAACUCGGCGAGCGGAGCCGGAGCCCCGUUGCGGGCCGGGCCAGACUUCCAAAAGAAGCUGGAGGGAGAAAAUAAAAUGGAGACAGAGGCAGUUUCUAAUCUUCGUCGCCAACUGAAGGAAGCAGAAGAUGAGCGGAGAAAGGCAGCACAAUAUGGCUUGCAUAUACUGGAGCAACAAAAUGAGAUGCAGAAUCAGUUAGAUGAGCUACGGAGUGAAUUGAGCACCAAAACUGAGAAAUUUGAACAAGACAAGUAUUCACUUCAGAGAGAAGUUGAGCUCAAGAAUAGAAUGUUGGAAAGCUUAAGCUUUGAAUGUGAUGCUCUUAAGCAGCAACAAAAUAUGCAACUGGACAAACAGCGAGAACAACUUGAAAGAAUCCACGGACAAGACAUCAGUCAACUUAAAGACAAGUUGGAGAAGCUGAAAGCAGACCUAGAUGAAACCCGACUAAGUGAGAAACAACUGAAGCACAAAGUGGAACAUCAAAAGGCAGUCAUUAAUGCUAAAUCGGAAGAAUUGCACAUGAUGUCUGAACGUGUACAUGAAACCAUGUCUUCAGAAGUGCUAAAUCUCCAGAUUGAACUAACGGAACUUGAAAGUGUGAAGGCCAGUGUUGAAGAGAAGAUGAAUGAAUUGCAAUACAGUAAAGAGCAACUAGAACUUGCAAACAGCAACCUACGCAACCAAUUGGAACGCCUUCAAGGAGAAAAAGAAGAGAGAGAAAAGGAAAUAGUUUCUUACUACAAUGCAUUAGAGAAAGCUCGUGAAGCUAACCAGGCACUUCAAGGUCAGCUGGAUCAUGCACUGGUUCAGGCUUUGGACCCUACCAGUAAAGGCAAUUCUCUGUUUGCAGAGGUGGAGGACCGUAGGGCAGAAAUGGAACGUCAGCUGAUCAGUGUGAAAGUAAAAUAUCAAUCACUACAAAAACAGCAUGCAUUCACUAGAGAACAAUUGCAAAGAAUGAAGCUACAAAUGGCUACGCUGCUUCAGAUGAAAGGUUCUCAGGCAGAACUUGAGCAGCUAGAACGCUUGCAGUCAAUGUUAGAACAAAAGAAUGGUGAAAUAGAAGAUCUUCUAAUGAAAGUGAGGCAACUGGAGAAAUGUAAGAAUUUAUAUGAGAACAUGAAAGAAUCAAAACCUUCUAGUAGCAGUUCAAUAGGUGGAGAAUUUGAAGAUGGCUAUUAUACAGAUCUGCUUCAAAUGAAACUUGAGAACUCCAAUAAGGAGACCGAAACUUUGAGAAACCAACUAUCCUUACAGAGGAUGAAGGCUUUAUAUGAGAGCCAGAGGGUUCUGGAGGUAGAAAGGAAGCUUUUUGCCAAUGAGAGGCACCUGCAGGUAUGCCAAAGUGAGAACAUGAACUUGCGAGUUAUGCUGGACGAGCUGAAAAUGAAGUACGAACCUGAAGAAUUAAUUAAAAUCCCUAAAAGCAUAAAAAGGAGGGAGAAGAUUCCAGUGGACAUGACUUCUGAACCUGGAGAUAGCAAAAAUGCUACAGUAGAGAAAACUACUCACUUUUCAUCUCAAAAUAAGGAAGAAAGAAAGAUAUGUACCAAGAACUUGGAUCCAAGUGAUGACCCUCAAAGAAAAUAUGUACUUGUGGCAGCACCAGUGAACAUCACUCCGCUUCCAGCAACACAACAAAGGGCUGAACCCGAGAAGGAUAGGAAAAGAGUUAAAAUCAAAGAAGAGAACAUCAAAGGUUCAAGUGAAAGAAAUGGAAAUAACUCUCUAACUCCAGCUGCCUCCAGGUCAGUGUCAUCUUGUCUGUAUGCUCAUGGCAAUCAGCGCAGACCUGCAUCUGUUUUCUUUCGCUGCAUGAACUAUGCUAUCUACUUCUUUAUCUAUUUUCUCAGUGUUGCAUGCAGUGUAAUUCCUCAGUUCCGGCUGCCUACACUCAACUUUUCAAAACCCUUUAAAAAGGCUAAAAUGAUUGCUAAUGAAAAUGACUCUUAG